UUUAGUGUAAGUUUUGAGUUAAACGAACACAAAAAGAGUGUAGAUCUGAACAAAGGAGCUGGGAGAAACGACAUCUAUCUGUGGUACAGAACCGGUACCUGUGGAGCGAUCACCAGGAUCCAGUUUUCCUUCACUGAUGGGAUGAUACAGGGUCUGAUCACUGAAGGGAACCACAAGACUGAGAAAGAUCUCAACAAAGGAGCCGGAGGCAGCGACGUCUUCCUGUGGUUCUUGAAAGGUUCUACUGAGUACGACGUCCCGAUCGUGGAGCUGGCCGUCUCCACUAAUGCAGCAGAGGACGCCAAAAUGGCCCAGCCUCAGUGGGAGAGGUCAACCUGCGACCUGAACCGGAGAGCUGAGGGAAGGUGGAUCUACCUGUGGAUGAAGGAGCGUCAAACCUACGUCUGUGACAUCCAGGCCACCAAUAAUCCUUCUUCAGACGCCAGCUUGUUCCGUCAAGGUUACACCCGGAUAGAUGAAGAUACCAACAGAGAGGCAGGUGGGUCUGACGUCUUCAUCUGGUACCGACAGAGCACCGAUGAGAAGAAGGCCAUCAGAGAUCUGCAGGUCUCCACUGAUCAGGCGUCUGAAAGGAGCUAUGGGAACCAAAACUACGAGCAAGUGAGAAUAAACCUGAAUGAGGCAACCAAAGGAACCCCGGUGUACCUGUGGUACAAGAAGACGGACUGCAGCCAAAAGCCCAUCAAGCUGCUCACCGUGAUCCUCAACAUGGACGCAGUAUCCGCCUACAGGAGGGCCGACAUCAACGUCAUCGAGAAAAACCUCAACACUAACAAUGACGGCAUGAAAGAGUUUGUGUGUUAUGGUUAGAGGGUCCUGGUUAUUCUGAUCACAUCUUCAUCGUAUCCAGCUUCUGCAAAAUGAUUUCUGUCUGAAUUUGAUUCUGUCUUAAUAAA